AGGCAAAUGAAGACAGGGCAGCGUAGGCAGGCGGAGGGCCACGUAACCUUUCCAGGAACCUGGAACAGCUGUGUGCUUGAGGAUGAAGCUAGUGUGGUAAGUCGGAGCCCAGCAGAGAAAGACCUUGAAUGACAGGUGCUUGGCCAUUCCUCCCAAGGUCGGUGGGGAACCAUUGAGGAAGCUGAGGAGGUGAGUGCCACAUGAGCUUUGCAUCUAGAAAGCUCCCCCUGUCUGCAGUGUGGAUGAGUGACCCCGCUGAGAGCCAAAUGGGGGAUUGAGCAGAGGAGAGAAGAUAAAAGACUUACUUCAUUCCAAGAUGGCAUGUUCCUUUUAUCGACUUUUCCUCAUUGUCAGCAUCUCUGCUCCAAUCUACUGUGUACCCCCUCCACGGGCCCCCAGCAAAGGUUCCCCCUGCAUGUCCUCCACAAGGAGCACCGCCGCCUCCCAGCUGUCUUCCAGCAACACCGACUUUGCCUUCCGCCUGUACCAGAGGCUGAUCUUGAAGACUCCAGACCAGAACGUCUUCUUCUCCCCGUUGAGUGUCUCUGCUUGCCUGGCCAUGCUCUCCCUCGGGGCCCGCUCAGCCACCAAGACCCAGAUCCUCCAGGGCCUGGGAUUCAACCUCACACACCUGCCGGAGUCCUCCAUCCACCAGGCCUUCCAGCACCUGCUACACUCACUUCGAGUCCCCGGCAAAGACCUGGACUUGAGGAUGGGGAGUGUCCUCUUUAUCAAAAAGGAGUUGUGGCUGCAGACAAAUUUCUUGGAUGACGUCAAGAGGCUCUAUGAGUCAAAAGUCUUUUCUACAGAUUUCUCUAGCUCCUCUACUGCCCGGGAGAAGAUAAACAGCUAUGUGGAGAAGGAAACCAAAGGGAAGGUGGUAAACUUAAUCCAAAGCCUUGAACCUCUGACGGUCAUGGUCCUAGUGAAUCACAUUUUCUUUAAAGGCAAGUGGGAGAAGCCUUUUAACCCUGGAUAUACGAGUAAGAGCUCCCCAUUCCUGGUGGGUAAGAGGACCACAGUGAAGGUCCCAAUGAUGCACCAGGUGGAAGAGUUUGCUUUUGGAGUGGAUGCAGAGCUGAAAUGCUCUGUGCUACGGAUGGACUAUGAUGAAGACACUGCAGCCUUCUUUGUCCUCCCUGGCCAGGACAAGAUGAGGCAACUGGAGCAGGCCUUGUCAUCUAGGACGCUGAGGAAAUGGAAUCACUUACUCCAGAAGAGGUGGAUAGAGGUGUUCAUUCCAAAAUUUUCCCUUUCUGCCUCCUAUGACCUGGAAACCAUCCUCCCGAAGAUGGGCAUCCGGGAUGCCUUUGAUAAAAAUGCUGAUUUUUCUGGAAUCACAAAGAGAGACUUCCUACAGCUUUCCAAAGCCACCCACAAGGCUGUGCUGGACGUCAGCGAGGAGGGCACUGAAGCCGCAGCGGCCACCGCCACCAAGCUCAUCGUGCGGUCAAAGGAUGGCCCCUCCCACACCGUCGUCCGCUUCAAUAGGUCCUUCCUUCUGCUGCUGAUCAACAGGGCCACAGACGCCAUUCUCUUCCUAGGGAAAGUGGAAAAUCCCACCAAAUUCUAGGUGGAAAGCUCCGGCUAACUCAGUACAUGUUGUAAACCCCAAGGAAAUAAAUCACGUUGUGACGA